AUGAAGUCCUCGAAGAUUCCUCGACCUCUCGGGAAACCCGAUGACCAGCGCGAUAUCUUCACCAAUGCCGGCUUAUGGCAGCCUGAGCCUCGCGCUAUUUUGCGCCGUUUCGAGCCCGGGGAGUGCACACCCCUUGACGUCGGCUCCCCGACGGCUCCGCCUCCGCCGCGUAUGGCGUCAAUGGAGCGUACGAUAGACGUCACGCUGGAUUGUUCAAUAGAGAAUGGACGACGCUACGAUACGUUCUGCGUCUUCUGCAGGAACAAUCGACUACCGGAAGAGUUCUAUCGCAGCCACCCACUGAAAGAUAACCGGGGAAAUGUGGUGUGCCCGAUACUGCGCAAUUACAACUGUCCCUCGUGCAACAACGGCGGUGGGGAUCGCGCGCACACCGUGAAUUAUUGUCCGAAAAAACGAGCUCAGUACUUCGAUUCGUUCAUGAAAGGGCAGAAGCUGUGA